AAAAAGAAAGAAAGAAAAAAAGAAGAAAAAGAAAUGAGCCACCGUCUCUUGCACUCCUGAGUCCUGACUCUUCCCCCAAAUUAACAACUCAAGAUCGUCGUGGGGAGCAGUCGGACGCGGUGAGGCGCCACUCCCAGGCUUUCCCCCACCUUCCAACUCCAGCAUCCCCAAAACCCCAACUCCCCCCCGCAAAUUCCCCACAAGAAAUCGCACGUCAUCCCCAAAGUCCGAGCCAUGGCUGCCGCUGGCCUCCGCCGUUCCGCCAUCCGGAGAAACGUCGCGCCAGCGCCAUCCGGAGCCGCCGUCUUCACCAAGCAUUGAUGGUGUAGGGAGCCGGCAGGAGGGAUUAGUGCGUGGGAGAGCAAAUGGGGGCGAUUGGAGGUGAGGAGUUGGUGCAGUGGGACAAGGUCAAUGGACCUGAGGGGGUGAACGGCGGUGGAAGUGGUGCAGGCAAGCUGGAUAGGAUACAAGUGUUAGUGAGGCUGAGACCGCUGAACGACAAGGAGAUUGCAAGGGGUGAGCCUGCGGAGUGGGAGUGCAUCAAUGACACUACCAUCAUGUUCCGGAGUACCUUCCCAGACAGACCGACGGCCCCAACUGCAUAUACAUUUGAUAGGGUAUUUCAUUCUGAAUGCAGUACCAAAGAAGUCUAUGAGCAAGGGGUUAAGGAAGUUGCCCUCUCUGUAGUUAGCGGCAUUAACUCAAGUAUUUUUGCCUAUGGACAAACAAGUAGUGGAAAGACAUACACUAUGACUGGAGUGACAGAAAACACAGUGGCUGAUAUAUAUGAUUAUAUUAACAAGCAUGAAGAGAGAGCAUUUGUGUUGAAAUUCUCGGCAACUGAAAUUUAUAAUGAAGUUGUCAGAGAUCUUCUGAGUGCAGAAAAUACUCCUCUUAGACUUUGGGAUGAUGCAGAGAAGGGCACCUAUGUUGAGAAUCUUACGGAGGUUAUAUUAAGGGACUGGAACCACCUGAAGGGACUUAUUUCUGUGUGUGAAGCUCAAAGGAGGACAGGGGAGACCUUCUUAAAUGAAAAAAGCUCCAGAUCCCAUCAAAUACUUAGAUUGAUCGUUGAAAGUUCUUCUCGUGAAUUCUUAGGAAAGGAUAAGUCAACUACCCUUGUGGCUAGUGUGAACUUUGUUGAUCUAGCGGGAAGUGAGCGUGCAUCUCAGGCGAUGUCAGCUGGCACGAGGCUGAAAGAAGGUUGCCAUAUUAAUAAAAGUUUACUUUCCCUCGGCACUGUCAUUAGGAAGCUAAGCAUGGGGAGUAAUGCACACAUACCGUAUAGAGAUUCCAAGCUCACACGCAUAUUACAGCCUUCUCUGGGAGGUAAUGCAAGAACUGCAAUUAUCUGUACUCUGAGCCCUGCAACAAGUCACAUCGAGCAAUCAAGAAAUACACUAUUCUUUGGGAAUUGUGCAAAGGACGUAGCUACUAAUGCUCAGGUUAAUGUGGUCAUGUCUGAUAAAACGCUAGUUAAGCAUUUGCAAAAGGAAGUUGCUAGAUUGGAGAGUGAGCUGCGGCACCCAGUUUCAAAUUCCAGUCUGGAAACAAUAGUGAAGGAAAAAGACAAUCAAAUUAGAAAGAUGGAGAAAGAAAUUAAAGAACUGAAGUCACAACGUGAUUCGGCUGAGUCUAGGUUGCAGGAUUUGCUGCAAGUUGUUGGUGAUCGUGAUCCAAAGCACCAGGUCCCAGGAAAGCGUUCGGUCAGAAGUCCUCCGUCUGUUGGAAUGCUCCCAAGCACUAGCAGAGAUGACAGUUCUCAGAUCUCUCAUGAUGAUUCAGAUCACUACAAGGAAGUGCGAUGCAUUGAGACCAACGAAACUGGAUUAAAUGAACUCUUGUGUGCUGGUGAAAGUGUUAGCCUGCACGAUUCAAAUAGGAAUUCUAGCACGCAUGUUAAUGAUUCAAAUGCAUCAGUGAAUUCAAGGCGCCUUGGUGAAACUCCUAUUACCUUGGAGCAACAUUUGGAGAACAUUAGAAGGCCUUUUAUCACUAAAGAUUUAGGAUCUUCAACACGCAACUCAUCAGGCUGUAGAUUAAUUGGUAGAAGCAGGAGCUGUCGAUCCCUAACAGGGUCUACUUUACUGGAUGAGAUGGAGAUGGAUGAUUGCACACCAGUAAACAGAAGUUUGGUCAACUUCCCAGGAAGACCUGAAGAGUAUCAUAGAAGAGGAUCCGCAUUAAACUAUGAUGCAGGGAGUGAAACUCUUUCAAGGGCAGGAUCUGAAAUUAGCACUUCGAAAGUUGCAUGUGAUGCGGAAUUUACCGGUAUAGGUGAAUUUGUUGCUGAACUUAAAGAGAUGGCUCAGGUUCAUUAUCAGAAACAAUUAGGUGACCAGAGUGCAAAUGGAAAGAGCAUCGGACUAGACCCGAUCAUGGAUGUUUUGCAAUCACCUUCUCGAUGGCCAUUGGAAUUCGAGAAGAAACAGCAAGAGAUCAUCGAGCUUUGGCAUGCUUGCAGUAUUUCCUUGGUACACAGAACUUAUUUUUUCUUGCUAUUCAAAGGAGAAUCAGCCGACUCCAUUUACAUGGAAGUGGAGCUUCGGCGGCUAUUAUUCCUUAGAGAUACUUACUCUAGGGGGAGCACUCCAAGCAAUGUUGUAGUAGGUAGCCUCAGUUCUUCCCCUGUUGCGAGAACAACUGAUUUAUGCAGCGCCAAGAAGCUACUUCGCGAGAGGGAGAUGCUUGCCAGGCAGAUGCAGAAGCGGUUCUCCUUGGAGGAAAGAAACCGCAUAUACACCAAAUGGGGUGUUUCGCUGGACUCCAAGAAGAGGAAACUGCAGGUUGCUCGCCGCCUUUGGACUGAGACCAAAGAUCUGGAGCAUGUCAGGGAGAGCGCUUCCCUGGUCGCCAAGCUGAUUGGGCUCCAGGAGCCGGGGCAAGUCCUCAGGGAGAUGUUCGGGCUCAGCUUCGCGCCUCAACAGCCACCCUCCCGGCGAUCCUCUAACGGUUGGAGAUAUGGGAUCCCUUCGUUUGGUUGAUUAGAUCUUUAUCCAUGACACAAGAGCUGACACACGAUGUGGCUGACGGAAAGAUCUUUUUUGUCUUUCUUUUCUCGUUUUAUCGGUGUUGCCUGUUCUGAUUGUCCAUAGGAUAUCAGGAGACAUUCAUGGUGGCGUACGUUUGUGCUCCUGUGCGACCUGUUUCGUGCGUGAUUCGCUGGUCUUGGUUGCUGACAACAUUAACGCACCUCCAAGUCUAAACGAUGUUGUAUAAUGAAAAGCUCUUAUCUUUUGCGGAAUAUGGACUCUUUAUUUCUCUA